GAUUUGAAUCGCUGCCAGCAGCGUGAGCGGGUUUCCUCAAAACCUCCUGCCAGCAGGCCCCGAUCCAACAUGUAUCAGCACUCUGUGGAGGCCUUAAAUGCAGGAUUUGUCACGUUUUUAUAGGUGCACCCUGUCUGAACGGUGUGCUGUCACCAACCCACAGAUGAAGCAGCAGGUGUGGGAGAGAUCUGACGAGGUGUGUGUGGGCCCAUAGCGUGACACAGAGCGGGAGAUGAGGAUUAUUAUUCCUGUGUGCGGAGGCGCUGAUGGAGGGGAGUCCCGCGGCCUCCGCAGCAGAGUGGGCAGGAUGAAGAAGCUGCUCUGGCUCAGGCCGAGUCACUGCGUGGACGUGCACACGGACACGGAGCCCGGCGUGUGGCUGACGGGCUUCCAGUCGUUGGACACUGAUGGACAGUGCGAGGACCCGGUGCAGGAGUGGGGGGAGGAGGAGGAGGACGGGGCUGUGUUUGGCAUCACUCUGCGCCGGGAGCCCGUCCUGCCAAGCUCGGACACUUCCGAGCUCCCCACCGCCUUCAGCUUCGUGCAGUACCACACGGUGAAGGUGCGCAGGCUGAAGGCCGCCACCCUGGAGCGUCUGGUCACCCACCUGCUGGACGCCGAGCACCAGGAGCCCGACUACCUCCGCGUCUUCCUCUCCACCUACAGGGCGUUCACCUCCACCAGCACCCUCAUCGAGCUGCUGUUUCAGAGAGAUGACUCAAUGGCCAACCUGGAUAAAACCAUCUGCCCGCGCAGUACCUUACCCCCGGUGAUCCGGCUGUGGCUGGAGGAAUACAGUGAAGACUUCCACGACCCCCCUCAGUACCAGGCCCUCCGGCUGCUGUGCGUCCACUUACGGCAUCGCCUUUGCUUCAGACGCUUGGCUCACACCGCCGAGACGCUCCUCAAGAGGCUCCAGGAACAAGAUUGCAGCCAGCCUGCGUCACAGCACGCCAAUGAAUCAUCGCAGCAGGAGAACAGAGAGCAGGAGGACGGAGGAGAGACGUCCUCUAAGGAGGAAGACAAACGCGACUUCAUGGACUUCCCUGUGAGAGAAGUGGCGGAGCAGCUGACCCGAUUGGACGCUGAGCUGUUUGUAAAGGUCGUGCCCUUCCACUGCCUCGGUUGCGUCUGGUCCCAGCGUGACAAGAAGGAGAACCGACACCUGGCACCUUCCGUCCGCGCCACCAUCUCCCAGUUCAACGCCGUCACCAACCGUGUCAUCACCUCCCUCCUCUGCCCGUCCUCGCCCAGCCCUUCCACUUCCUCUCCCAUCUCAUCACCCAGCUCCUCCUCUACCUUCCUGUACCCCUCCACGGCCCCGAACUCACCGCGCUGCUUUCACACCAGCCCCGCCCACAGGGCACGCAUCAUCGAGAGGUGGAUCGCGAUCGCUCAGGAGUGCAGACAGAUUAAGAACUUCUCCUCUCUGAGGGCCAUCCUGUCCGCGCUGCAGUCCAACGCCGUGUAUCGUCUGAAGAAGACCUGGGCCGCCGUCAGCAGGGAAAACAUGGCCGCCUUUGACCACCUGUGUGAGACUUUCCCCGAUGAGAACUGUGUGCUGACCAGCAGAGAGAUCCUGGUGGAGACUGUGUUUAUGGUUUGCAGGUUGCGAACAGUCAGUGACAGCUCCCUCAGAAAAACCCACGCCGACCAGAUAAGUGUGUCAUCUUCUGGCUCCAGUAGUUCGGACAUGGAGGAGCUCUCUGCCCCUCAGCCCUCCCCCCUCAGACUCAAACUCAAGUCUCUCUCAGGCUCUCUGCACAAUGUCACAGAGGAUUUCUCCUCCAGCUCCAUGUCCUCCUCCUCUCCCAGUCUGUCCAGCUCCUCCUCACAUCCAGACCUGAGCUCUUCUUCUCUGGUUCUGAGCCCAGAGCCGACAUCGUCCAGCUGCUCUCCUCAGGCCCUGCUGCCCGUCUACAACAAACAGGUCGCUGACUCGUGUAUCAUCAGGGUCAGCGUGGAGUCUGUCAGCAACGGAAACGUCUAUAAGAGCAUACUGCUGACCAGUCAGGACCACACGCCUCAGGUGAUUCAGAGGGCUCUGGAGAAACACAACAUGGAGGACGUCAGCUGCCAAUAUUUCAACCUCUGCCAGAUGCUCAACAACGGAAAAGAGCUCCAGAUCCCCGACAAAGCCAACGUAUUUUAUGCCAUGUGCACCUCCGCCAACUAUGACUUUGUGCUGCGUCAGCGCUGGAGGAGCCACGGGAGACAUCUGGGCUCCUCUUCUUCUCCUGGAGCUCAACCCAAGAGCUGCCACGCUAAGUGAAAAGCAUCUAUCCCGACUGACUGUUAAAGGACAUUUAGAAGACAAAGCAGCUGCUCAUCUGCAGACAAAGGCACAACAGCACAUCUGUGGCUGUUUGUAUCAUCUCAUCGCCAUGAGAUUGUCACUGUGCAGCAGACAUGAGUCACACUGAUGUAGAGACUCUGGAGAUACUGAGCUGUGACUGAAAAUAAGGAGCUCUCAUGAGGACGUAGUCUCCACUGGGAGCAACACUGAGAAUUAUUCUGUUUAAAGAGUGAAGCAAGAAGAGACAAAUGUCCACGGAGAAGAAACUGAGACAGAAAUUAGGAUUCUUAAACAUCAACAUCUUUGGAUUAAUGAACCACAAUUCACAUUUUUGGGACCUUUUUUCUGAGAUAUAGACACUUAUGUUAAUGUGGACAAAUGCUCGUGGCAGCGUGGAUUUUAAAAUGAACGGUGCUUCAUCAUCUGGUCCAGGGAAGCGGUCAUGUGUCGUGAUUUUACUGGAGAAAACGUGGCAGCAGGAUCAGGCCGGAGGACUUGGCUGCAGUUUAUUGUCUCGGACUUGUACAACAGACGUGGGACUUUCCUGCAGCCCAUGUGGCUCGAUGAGUAACUGACUCUAACUACGCAAACAGAGUGACUAAGUCUUGAUGCUCACUGUUAGAUGAUGAUUAAGCACUUUGGAAGAACAACGAGACUCCUUGUUGAAUCAGCGGUGUUUGAAACCCCGUUUGGACUCCCAACAUUGAAAUUUGUCCAUUUAUAAGUAUUGUUUCAUCUUCUAGUUGAGGAUUUAAAUGUUUUAAUGUAACUUAAUGUAAUUUUAUCAACUUAAAUUAUUUAAUGCAUUUCAGUAUUCAGCUUUUAGAGCAAAAGUGGCAUGAGGAAAAUGUGUUUGUCUCUGUUUUGAUUGUUUUAAUGUCUCUCGGCAGUCUUCAAUUCUACAUCUGUUUUUCAGUCGUAAGUGUACUUACAGAAAUACUUCACCCACAACGUGACCAUCUGUGUAACAGUUAAGGUUUCAGGUGGCAUAAAGAUGUUAUUAUACUGUGUACAUUUACUAGUCUACUAUAUUGAAAGAAACGUAGCUAGGCGAAGAAUGUCGCCUUUAUUUGAGCUAUUUUCAAAAUACUUUAAUUAAAAACAAUGGUUAGACUUUCAAUUAUAUAAUGUUUGUUCAACAAAAAAUCUUUUCAUUCAUUUAGGGUCAUUGUAAUAGAUAAUAAUAAUAAUUCUGUAAUACUGUGAACCUGUGAUAUAUUCUCUGACAGCUGUUACAACAUAAAAAUCUCAUGGCGUUGCGACUCUAACAACAGGUACUAACCACUUUUGACCUUGAAUUUGUGAAGAAAACAUAUUCCUCAAAUGUCUCCAUGGUGAAUUGAAUAUCCAAAAAAGGCAAACCUUCAUAAAUUGAAAGUGGGGCUGCAUUUAGCAACAGCAAAACUGUAUCAAAACGUCCGUUUACAAACUCUCACCAGCUCACACAGUAAAAACCAAGUCACAUUUAUCCAGUCUUAUGCUCAGUACUUCACAAACACGUGCAUUUUCAGUAAAACACUACAAUUUAAAACAUUCUCACUACUCUAAGUAUUUUAUACCACGUCUGAGCGAAAAUGCAUGUUUGAUAAAUGAGACUCGGAUUAUACUGUACAAGUUUUGUAAGAGUUUAUGAAAAAACAUUUUGAUUAAAUGUUAUUAAAUUCAUCAGGAAUGUUCGCCUUUUUCUGGAUUCUCCAUUAACUCCGGAAGCAUAAAAAAGAAAAGUUUCCUUUACAAAUUUUAACGUAACACGCGGUGAGAUAUUCAGCUCGUCAUUCUGUGGGUGAAGUAUUCUGAUAAUUGCUUUGCUUUCUCAUAAGAACAACUUAGGUUUGGAUUCAUUUUGUAUGAAGGAAACUGAUUUUUUAUGGUCGCUAUAAUUAAACAAAGGAGACAUUGUAUGUGAACAUUGUGUGCACAAACCCAGUGGUCUUGCCCGCACUGCGACGUUUAUUUUUGAAGAGGAGUUGGAUACCUGACACAGAAAUAUUUCUGUUAUCUUCUCUGAAUAUAAGGGAUAUAAGGGCUGUGACUCAGCUGAGGCUGUGAGUCGCUGCAGUCUGUAAUCCAGGGUGAUAAAAGCACCGCAGGCCACGUGUAGUGAGUGCUAUGAGAUUAAUCUGAAGAACGGUUCGUGUAUGUGAAAAUGAAGUGUCUCAGUAUGUGUUUUUAUUUUGACAUUUAUAAGAUCGCCUCAGUGAUGUGAAAUCCUCCCCAAAACUCUUAAGGCAGCUUUCUGCAAAUGUUCAAUCUGGUUUGAAGGUAAAAUUUUAGUUUACAUCCCUGUUUAAAAUUAAAAAAUAAAAAUAAUAACAUACUGGUGAGGUUUCUCCUAUGUUUUGGGGUGGAUUUUGCAUCUGUGGGUGCAGCUUUAAUGCUGCUGUGGUUUGUUUUGAGUCAGGUGAGAGGUUGGUAACAAAGGUCUGGCAGCUGCAAUAGAAAAUAUGAAGGAGGACUUUAACUCUGUCCGUCUGUCUGUUUAUAUUAAUAGGAGGCUUUUUUUGUUCUUUUUCUUCUUCCUAAUGUUCGUCACUGUAUGUCUUUUCUCUCAUAUUUUAUCUCAACAGAUUCUUUAUUUUUAAAGCUUAAUCUAAACACU